CUUGUUUGUUCGACAGAGAGUCUGUUCAAAUCUGCUUUGUUAAGACCACACGUUCCUCCCGCCUUGGUCCGUGUGCCUUCGAACUCCAUCAAGGCACGUGAAGAUGGCCAAGAGGAAAGGAAAUGUGAAAAAGAACAAGAGAGGUGGUGUGAAGAAGGCCGACAAGAUCCACGGCCAGAAGAAAGGGAAGAAAGGCGAAGCAGCCGCCUACAUCACGCGUGCGCAGGCCCUGGCGAAGUUGCAAUUGCCCUUAGCGGACUUCCGAAAGCUUUGCAUCCUCAAGGGGAUCUACCCUCGGGAUCCGAAGAAGAAGUCACAAGGCAACGACAAGACCUACUACCACAUCAAAGAUAUCGCAUUCUUGCGCCAUGAGCCUUUGCUCAACAAGUUCUUUGAGCUCAAGACCUUCAUGAAGAAGUUCAAGAAGCUCAUGGGACGCCGGGAGAUUAAGAGCGCUCGGCGUCUGGAGGACCGAAAGCCGCAGUACACUCUGCACCACUUGGUGCGCGAAAGGUAUCCAUCCUUUGAUGAUGCGAUCAGGGACCUGGAUGAUGCUGUGAGCAUGUUGGCCUUGUUCCAAUCUCUUUCGGCCGACCAAGCC